CCCGCCUGUCAGCAAAAGUCACCACUAGUGCGUUGGAUCCCGCCCGCCACUGAGCCCCGCGCCCCGUGGCUUGUGCUCAGCAACACCCCUUUGGUGAGAAGCACUAUAUUUACGACCGCGCAACCAUCCUUCAAGACGCGACACUACCACGAGCCCGCAAAGAAAUCUUCAAAAGAUACUGUAUUUGGAAUAAGAAUCAAGCUAAGAUCUGAUAUCUACCCGGGAAUUCGCCACAUUCUACCUCACGACACGAUCCGAAGCGCGACGCUCGACAAACCAUAAUGUCGGAUUCACAUGCUGAUACGCCUGUCAAGCAAGAGCGACUUGAAGCUCAGAUCAAGUCUGCUGAUAUGACGGACGAUAUGCAACAAGAGUGCAUUGAAGUCGCCCAGGAAGCCAUGGCAAAGUUUACCAUCGAAAAGGAUAUCGCCCAGCACAUUAAGCGUACCUUUGACGACCGAAAGGGUCCUACAUGGCACUGCAUUGUUGGCCGCAACUUUGGCAGCUUUGUUACACACGAAACAAAACACUUCAUCUACUUCUACCUCGGCCACUGUGCCAUCCUCCUUUUCAAGACACAGUAAAGGAAAAAGGCCACGAGGAUGGGAAUUCUGGCAUUACGACGCCAUACGGACGCAGAUCGAACCGCAAGCUCUGUGCUGCGGCUACAAUAUAUACCUUGACUGCCGAAUAGGCAGCCGCAUUUCUUUGAUUUGGAAGAGUGAAGACCUAGAUCACACCCGUCGAAGAACGUUAGCUUUCAGCAGAGUCUAAUAGUACAUGUGGGCAACACCCAACAUAUCUACACCUUUCCUCUCGUAUUGCAUUCUGAACAGGUAUGGCACUAAAGAAGCCCUGCCUCAUGAGUGGUCAAAAUUUGAAUAAGAAAACAGCUGGCGAUUCUAUUUCAAAUGUGCAGAAUAGAACCCGCUGCUCAUUAGUUGACACUAUCAAGUAUUUAUAGAAACACACAAACGAAGACCUCUGAAUUUUCUCUUCGACGAGUUCCCCAGUACCCAAUGCCGGAAGAAUCUGGCUCGGCUAUGGUUAUGGUCAAUGAUUAACAGAUGCGCAUGUUGAAGAACCUUGCAGAAUGCGUGCGGCUACGAAGUUGUUUGCUGUAUUCCCAGGCUAACCAACGUCGAAGUCCUUAACCGAGGGUAUGAUACCUGAUCGAAACGUUGGUUUGGGUUGGCAGCUAUGUCAACUUUGGUUCAAGAUCAUCGUUCGCAGCCAUAUUAAUGCUUAG